AUGGUUCUGUCUCUGUAAGCCCAGGCUUGUAAACACGUAUUCCUUAUCCGCAAACUAAGACACCAUAUAUGUUACCAGCGCGGUGCUGCGUCGGCAGAAGCGGACGAGCCUUCCGUUUGAUUCUCGUCCGUUGAAAGAAGUACUGAUGGUGACGGAAACGUUUGCUUGCUCACCUACGAGUUUCCUGGCCGAGUAUCUGCCGCUGUUCUUAAAGUCAGCAGCUGAUUUAGGCGGAGCAAGGGGCGUAGUGUUGCGCGUGCACGGCGUCGGCGUGAUCCAGCUGCUGAUCGCGUGCGUCGGUGCAGCCCCGGCAGUCGGCGAUGCCGUCGCGUUCGGCCACGCGGUCACUGCACGCCAGGGCCACAACGUCGUCGAGCCCUCCGUUGGCCGGCGGCAUGCGACACUCGCACGCAGGGAGCAGGCCGCACCUCGUUCCGAGUUCUGUUUGGUGGACUGGGGACAAGGCGGUUCCGGCUCCUGAAGCGCAGCCUCUACCGUGUUUUCAAGGACGGCCUCAACACACUUCAGUACAGUGUGCUCGACAUUGUCUUCAAGAAGCUUUAAACGCACGUCAUCGUGGACCUCUCUGCGCACACGGCGUCCGAGCCAAAAAAAGAAACAAGGAAAGAAAGCACGCACAAGUGACCAACGCUAUACGAAGGACGAGCGCGUGCGAGCGAGGAUCUUGCAGUGUUUUGUCGACGAUUGUUUCGUGUCCCCACACCCCCUCCCCUUCUAUUUUUCCAUGUGCUGUGAUACCCCUUUUAUCACGCAUGUAUGAUGGCAUACACAGAAACGUUUGCAAUAUUAUUUAUUGUGCUAUCUUCAAUACAGUCAUAUUACGAGAACAAACGUGCGUUUUGUGAAUUGUACAGUGCGUUGGAACAGAUUUGUUUUUGACAAUAAAGGAAUAC